CAAAAGUUCGCAAUUUUUAUAACGCAAAUUAGCCGUUUAAUCGUCGGAAUGAACCUGAGUACGUGUUGAUCUGUCGAAGGUAAAUUCUUAUUUAGCAGGAUUGUUGUUAUUUUUAUUGUGUAAUGACAUGGGUAUAUCGUUUAAACAUAUACACAGAUUCGCUCAUGUGUUAAUAUUUAGUUGCCAGCCUUGGAAGUUGUACUUGGUAUAUUAAUAAGCGUUUUUUCAAACAAUUUUAAUUCGCAAUCGACCCCCGAUCAGUAAACUCUCAGGAAUGACAGUGAGUGCUGCAGUUGACGAUGGCAAAAUCGCAAACUCCUCGAAUUUUUUGGUUGCAGGCCUAUAAACUCGUAUUGCUUUUGUGCUUAGUUGACGCUUUUAAAUUGGCAGUAUCUAUUCCAUUAACUGACAAUGAAAAUUUCGACUUUGAAGACACUUGGGAUUACAAAACUCCAUCGCACAAUUUACCCCUUUUGGGAAGCCCAAAAGAUAAUCAUGAAUUACCUAUCGUUUACGAACGAGAUAAAGUAUUAAUGGUGCAACCUCUGGAAGGUUUCGAUGAAACAGUUAGCAGAUUACCGAAAAAAAUUCAUGAUGUGAUAAGAGCUAAAAUUCCCUGUUCUGUAUGCAAACUGGGUGUGGGCUUAUUACAAAGCCAUCUGAAAAACGGGGAUUCAAUGGAGAGUAUUAAAAUGAAAGUUGUGUCAUUAUGUGUUGGUCUUAAGAUAGAAACCGAAGGAGUCUGUUCUGGAUUUGUAGACGUCUUCGGCCCUGAGUUAGUUCCUGCAUACAACACAUCAGAUUUAAGUCCAUCGCAAACCUGCAGUUUAAUUUUCGGUGAAAGUUGUGGAACCGUCGAUAACGAAAUACACGACUGGAAUAUUCAAAUACCGGCACACAAUUCAUUAGAAACUGAAGAUAACAUACUUCAACAAAAAGCAACAACUUCAACUUUCAAAGUCCUUCAUCUAUCCGACACACAUUUGGAUCCUGAUUAUUCUCCUGGAUCGCCCAGUAAUUGCGAAGAACCAUUGUGUUGUCGAAAUUACAGUACCCCAUCAGCGAAUGAAACAAUUCCAGCUGGAAGAUGGGGUUCCUAUGCUAAAUGUGAUUCCCCGAAAAUACUCAUCGAAAAUAUGUUGGAAUUUAUAGCUUUACAACACCCGGAUAUCGAUUAUAUCAUAUGGACAGGCGAUCUACCUCCUCAUGAUAUCUGGAAUCAAACCAAAGAAAGUAAUUUAAACAUAAUUAAAGAAUGCGUGGAACAAAUGUUUAGGUAUUUUCCCACCACUCCGAUAUUCCCUGCUGUGGGUAACCAUGAAUCAGUUCCUGCUGGAAGUUUCGCUCCUCCAUGGUUAAAAAACGAAAACCACACGAUUAGUUGGCUAUACACGACUUUAGCGGAUCACUGGAGAAGGUGGUUGCCUUCCACAGCAGGAAAUACUCUCCUGCACGGAGCAUUUUAUUCGGUUCUAUUGAGACCUGGAUUUAGAUUGAUAUCAUUGAAUACUAAUUACUGCCACUCUCUAAACUGGUGGCUUCUUGUAAAUAGUACAGAUCCAGCAGAUGAAUUAAAGUGGCUUAUUAACGAACUUCAAAAUGCCGAGAAUAAUAACGAAAAAGUGCAUAUAAUAGGUCACAUUCCACCUGGUAGUUCUGAUUGUUUAAAAACGUGGUCGAAGAAUUUCUACUCUAUAGUAGAUCGAUUUAGGGACACCAUAACAGCUCAGUUUUAUGGGCACAGCCACGCCGAUGAGUUCGAAUUGUUCUACGAGACGGAAAAUUUCAGUAAGAAUUUAGCGAGAAGACGGUGGUGGCAAGCUAUUAAAAACAAAAAUAAUUCACUGCUGACCUUUACAGGCCAACCGAUUAACGUCGCUUAUCUUGGUCCUUCCAUAACGACGUACGAAAAUCACAAUCCUGCUUUCAGGAUCUAUUAUGUUGAAGGCGAUGAUCAAUCAGGAAGAGCUAUUUUGGAUCAUGAAACGUGGACAACCGACUUGGAUCUGGCAAAUGAAGGAGACAACGAACCAAUUUGGUUUAAACUCUACACAGCGAAAGAAGCGUAUGGUAUGUCCUCUCUGUACCCCGAAGAAUGGGAUAAAUUAAUUAAAAAUAUGGCGAAAAACGACAAUCUUUUUAAAGCUUUCUAUAGAAAUUACUACAGGGAGAGCCCUACUGCGCCAUUUUGCGACGCUCAAUGUAAAGUUCAAAUUUUAUGCGAUUUGAAAACGGCUAGAUCGCAAGAUAGACUGCAUAUAUGUAAUGAAUUAAAAUACGAAGUGUAAAAAAUAAGUAUGUAUUUUUUAUAGGUUUGAACUUUUGGAAUAAAAAUUUAAUGCAA